AUGGCGGCCACACGAUGUCGAAAUCUUGAAAAUUUGCUGAAAUUUAAGCCUAAAAGCAGGGAAAAGAGAAAGCGACUAUACAAAAACCUGGUCACCGCUCUUGUACAAUAUGAAAGAGUGGAGACGACGAUAAACAGAUGCCAUGAUUUGUCACGAGUGGCAGAAAGGGUGAGCCCAUGUAAAAUAUAUAGCUUUAAAAUAGAUUUGUAUAGGUAAUAGCAUGAUCAGUAGUGAUAUUUGGCAUAAACACCACGAAUGAUAUUUCGAAAUUGUUAUGCGUGAAAUUUGAGACAAUUCUGAAAUAUCACAAAUGGUAUUUAUGUCAAAUAUCACGUACAACACAGGGAAUUUUUGAUGAUUCCCAAAGUGGGAAAAAAACAGGAAAUUGGUGGGGUUUUCUUGGGUUUUGGUUGUAAUUUCCCAAAUUGGGAAAAUGCUACCAAAACCAAUAUUGGGUUCAAGUAAACCCAAUAAAAACCCGCGAAUUGGGAUUUUAGUGUACCAACUUUAACCCACGAAUGGAGUUUUCGCGUCCCAUAUUUAUCCCAUUAAUGGGAUUUUACCAACCCACAAAAACCCCAAAAAUGUGAUUCAAUUGUCCCAGUUGAACCCCAAUAGUGGGUUAAUACUGGGCCAUCUGAAACCCAAUGUACGGAUUAUAUUGGAACAGUAAUACCCCAACCAUGGGUUUUUAUUGCCCCAGGUAAUCCCCAAUUAGUGGUAUAAAGUUGGUCCACUUUUAUCCCAUUAAAGGGAUAGUAUUGGACCAAUUUAAACCCGAGGUAUGGGAAUAUAUUGGGAUAGUAAUACUCCAAAGAUGGGUUUUUAUUGCCUCAGUUGAUCUUCAAUAGUGGGAUGAAAUUGGCCUACAUAUUUCCUGAAUUAUGGGAUUUUUUUGGUCCAGAAUGUCAUUGUAAUCAAUCCAGCAGCCUUUAAAAAUAUUGGUCCAGUUGUAAAACACAAAAUAAAGGUUCGACAAUAUUAAAAUGGUUUACAGUAACAUUUAUUUUAGAUGACAAUGCAGGUGUCAAUUCAAACUGGUUGAUUGUUACUAAACAGGUAUUUAAUCUGUAUCUCUUUAUAUGUAUAUAUCGUCCAAAAAGUACAAUAUCAUUGAAAAAUGUAUCAUAAAAAUAUAUUAAACUGUUUAACUUAAGUUCAUUCAUCAAUCAUAGAGCAAUGCCGUUAUGCAGAGUCAUAUUGUCGAAGGCUAUUCCGUGCAUAUAUCAAACAGCUCAAUUCCUUUAUGAACACAUCAAAUGUCCCUUAAAUAACUUCAUUUACAUGGUUAAGAGCAACACUUAUAUCAGAACCACUAUGGUAUUUAGUUAUAGCUAAGUCCUACCUGGUAAAAAACAGCGUCAAGUCAUAAUUAUAAUAAAUGAACCAGUCUCUUGUAUAGUUUUUACAUAGCGAACAUGUCAGAACAUUCUUAUAUUUCCUCUAAUACAUCGAAGUCUUCGAUUUCAAUAUUCCGCCAGAAUAUGAUUAUUCUAAAGGAUUCCGUGGACGAUUUGCAGCAAAGACCACAGUCAUCUGUAGAAACAAACAAGGUGGAAACUUCAUCUAUAAAAACGAACAAAUAGCACCCGACAAGAGACGAUCUAGCCUCGUACGAUCUCAACGGAGCAACCAAACACGAGUUUCCACACGUACCUUCCUCUUUAAUGCGCGAUCCAGCUGAGUCAUUGUUUAAUAGAAGACGAUUUUGAAACAAGACAAAUGUAAGCAAACCUCACAAGUGAAUAUUUUGCGUUAAAAUCUUUGGAUGCAUUCAUUAUAAAGACAAUCCGUUUGCAAACCACUGUUGUACUGCACAGAAGUCCGCCUAAAGAUUUGAACCAAGAAAACCUGAUCUUGUACACAUUUCUAUUGGUUCAAAAGCCGCACGUGAUCGCGCGUCACUAAGCGAAGGCCUGGACGCCAGUUCAAGUACCAAACAUGGCGGCAAUUCGACGGCACGAUGGAGAAGAUUCUCUGUCUUUGAAAGCUUUAACUUGUGGUCCGUUUCAGAGUUAAAUGCACUUUGCCGACGCUCGCGAAGAGUAAAGCAGUGAGAAGAAAAUAUUGUAUUGUUCUCCCAGGUGAGGGAACCUUUGAAAAAAGGCAGCGGGCCUAUUCACAGAUGCAGCGAAAAAUGUAGUUCGCCGAAAACUCCACGCGAAGCAAUCUCAUUAAUCAGAUUGGGCUCGAGUAAUUGGGCAAAUUUCAGCUCUCAACAGAAGACACCUUGAUAUCGAGAAAAGUUAUGCGCCUAGUGGGAUCAUUUAUAGUUAAUUAUAUUGAAGCGGCUGCAUACGAUCAAGUGCGUGCACUGAAUUACCAUACUUUUGGUUUUCAAAUAAGCCAACGAAACUUAAACUGUUUUGUUCUAAACUUAGCAGAUAUGAUGUUUAUAAAAUUAAACUUUUUAAACAUUAGUUGUACAUUAUGUAUGUUGGUAUUUCAAGAGCAAUCUGUCAUUUCUUUCAAAACUAAACUCAACAUUUGGGAAGAUUUACUUGUUACCAAACAUUAUGUGUAUGAAAAAUAUUAUUCUUAAUCCUUUUCUGUUUUUGGAUUGGAAUUUAUUCAAUAUUUCCCAUAAAAGAAUAUAAUUAUUGGCCUAACCCUUACACUGUAAUGCUAACACAAGAUUACUGUAUAAUUUCCCACCCAAUAUAAUAGUCAUAAGAAUAAAAAAUCUAGAUUUAAUCAAAUCCUUUUCCAAGGUGGGGAUUUCUUGUCCCUUUCAUUCUCCAAAAUUGGGAAUAACAUGCUGCAAUAUUUCCCAACUUGUGGAAAAAUAGCCCCAUUAUUUUCCCAUAUUUUGGGAAAUAAACCCAUUGGUUUCCCAAUGUUGGGAUCUUGGAAUCUAUAAUGCAUAUUUUCCCAAACUAAACACAGCAUCGGGAAAACGUAACCCUAACUUUUAACCAACCCUUUCCCAAGGUGGGGAUUUCUUGUCCCUUGCAUUUCCCAAAAUUGGGAAUAACAUGUUGAAAUAUUUCCCAACUUGUGAAAAAAUAUUCCCAUCAUUUUCCCAUAUUCUGGGGAGAAAACCCAUUGGAUUCCCAACAUUGGUAUUUUAAAAAAUAUUUUGCUUCAUUUCCCAAAGUGAACCCAGCAUUGGGAAAAAUAAACCCGAACUUUUACCAAUCAUUUCCCAUGAGAGGAAAAUGUUGUCCCAAACAUUUCCCAAUAAUGGGAAAAAUCCCCAACAUUUUCCCAGUUUGGGAAUUACAAAAAGUUUCCUGUGCAAAUCAUGCUAUUAUUUGUUUAUACUACUACCCACAAACGGUUUGUAAUUUUCACAUGUAGGUAUUUCAAAUUAAGCUGAAAUACCACUGCUCUAAGCCAAUCAAAUUGCAGAAAUUUCUCAUGUAGUAGUAUAAGUAUAGGUAAUAGCAUGAUCAGUAGUGAUAUCUGGCAUAAACACCACGAAUGAUAUUUCGAAAUUGUUAUGCGUGAAAUUUGAGACGAUUUUGAAAUAUCACGAGAGGUAUUUAUGCCAAAUAUCAUGUACAAUUCAUGCUAUGUAAUAUUUGUUUAUACUACUACCCACAAAGGGUUUGUAAUUUUCACAUGUAGGUUUUUCAAAUUAAUCUGAAAUACCACUGCUCUGAGCCACUCAAAUUGCAGAAAUUUCUCAUGUAGUAGUAUAUUAGACGGAAGCCACCAGAAAAUUGAGUAAUUUUAAUUUUCAGUAGACAAAAACCUUGUACCAGAAUAAUUUAAAGUAUAUUGAAUUGUUUUUUACAUUUUUUCAAGGGCUAAAGAUGUAUUUAGUUAUCUGUAAUAACACCAAAGAAAAUUUUUAAUGGGAGCCUGAGAAAAUGAAUGUCAAAUUUCGCAAAAUGACAUUUAAAACAUGAAGUUUUCAGAAUUUUAUGUGUGUUUUCACAAUUCUUGCGAAAUUUGACAUUUUCUUGCACUCUCAUGAGAAAUUUUCUUUGGUAUUAUUACAGAUGACUAAUUACAUCUUUACCCCUUGAAAAAUGUAAAAAAGAAUGCAAUAUUCUUUAAAUUAUUCCGGUACAAGUAUUUUGUCCACUGAAAAUUUAAAUAGAUCAAUUUCCUGGUGAAUUCCGUCCUAAGCUUAAUGUUGUCUGGGAAGAAGGAUAUUUAUCAAAGCAUCACAAAAAGUUUCUGAAAAUCUCACUUCAUUAGAGCUCCUGUGCCCUAUCCUAAAAAAGCUAUCAACAGGGCCAUAAACUGACUGGGGGGGGGGGGGAAGGGGGGGGAGGGGGGUGGGGCAUAAUGGCUCAGUCAAUUACCACCCCCCCCCCCCCCCCUGGCAUUUUUUGGCCGUUUUUUCCCUUCUCAGUCCAGGGGGGGGGGAAUUUGUCAGAAAACCUUCGCCCGGGGGGGGGGCUUUUUUCCUUUUUUCUUGAAACAUGAGUUUAUUCUUUUUUUUUUACUGCUACAGACAACACUGAGAUUUAAACAAUGUACAUAAACGAAGACCUUCCGAAAUGACAAUAACACUCCACACUUAGUGGCUCACGACGGCCCCAAAAAUCCGUGUGUUGAGAGAGGGGGAGAUGUUGUGGGGGGGGGGUGAGUGGGGUGAUCAAGAGGGUGGGGCAUAAUGGCUCAGUCAAUUACCAUCCUCCCCUCCACCCCUGGCAUUUGUUGGUCAUUUGUUACCUUGUCAGUCCAGGUGGUGGGGAAUUUGUCAGAAAACCUCUGCCCAGGGGUGGGGCAUUUUUCCAUUUUUCUAGAAACAGCAUUGUUCCUUUUUCAAUAGUUCACUCAAAAUAUGCCCAUUUAGAAAGCUAUUGGUAUUCUAUAAAGCAGAUUUUAUGUGUGGUUUUGCUCCAUCACACUUGGGCACACUUGGAAUUGACUGAGCCAUAACCUGGUCCAGGAGGUUGAAAUUUUCUAUUCUGUGGUUUUUUUCUGCAGGAAGGAAAUUUUGGCAGGUAUUUUUUGGGUGCCUUGAUUUAAAUAGGGAAUAAGUUUGGGGGUAUUCAAAACAGUCUGAACAUUGGUGUUGUACUGGGCGUGUAUGCCAGCCACGUAGCACUAGACUUAAGGCUCAAAGAGUUUGUUUUUUGGUUCCAGAUGAUUGACCUUGCUAAACAAGGAAAUGAAGAAACAAUAAACAGCUGGAUAACAGUGAGUAAAUUUUUUAGAUUCCCUAUGGCGUCAAUUUGCACUAUAAUUGCAUUCAGGGCCUAGCCUCCUCCAGACACUCACAUAGCGUAAACUAACAUGGGGAUGAGGCUGGUGUGUGUUUAACCCUUUAAACCCUAAGAUCAAAAUUUGAAUUCUCAUUUGUUGCCCCUAUUCAUUUCCUACAGAAGUAGUUGGGAGAAGUUGAAAAAAUAUCAAGCAAAUUCAUCUUGUGUGAUCAUGUCUGUAAUUCUCAUGACCACUCUGUUUAACAAAGCACUGAUAUUACAAGGAGAAAUUUGAUGCUGAUCACUGUUAGGGCUGAAGGGGUGAAUACAGGUCUAUUUUACAGAAAAUAUGGGAGGACUUGUGUCUGCUUAAUAUGGGUUCGUCUUGACACAGGAAUUUUUUUUUGUGAUCUUCUAGAAAAAAGAGUUGAUCCCCAAAGUGUUUGGCCACCUUUUGCCUCGUUAUGAAGACAAGGUGAGUGGGUACACAAAGGUGUACAAAAUACCACCACGCAAAACAGAUACUGCCAAGAUGGGAAUUGUGGAAUUUGUUGGAAAUGAACUUCCUCCUCUACUGCCGUCAGAUGAUGAACUAAGAAAACUCCGACUAGAAAAACUGAGAGACAUGAGUAGAAAAGGAAUUCCUAUCAAUGGAACACCUGUGUGA